AUGGCGUCCGCACAGCAGCUCACACUCUCCGACGGGCGGAUCCUUUCAUACGACCUGUCGGGCCCAGACUCGAAGCCCGUCGUGCUGCUGGCCAAUUCACUUUCGGCACCGUUCACGCUUUGGGAUCGCGUCGUCAAGGUUCUCCAUGACAACGGCUUCCGCACGUUGCGCUUUGACCAGCCCGGCCACGGCAAGUCGUCAGCGCCAGCGGGCCUCGACACGGAGUUCGAGACGAUCGCCGACGACGUGCACUUCCUCGUCACGUCGCUCCGGGUCGACAAGCUGUUUGCCUGGGUCGGCGUGUCGAUGGGGGCGGCGACGAGCUUCUACUUUGUCACAAAGUACCCGGGCCUCGUGCACAAGGUGGCCAUCUGCGACACCAUCAGCUCGUCGCCCAAGCUCGCCGGGGUCGAGGACGCGUUCGGCCCGCGGGCCAAGGCGGCGGGUGAGGCGGGCGACAUGCGCGAGCAGGUCGAGCAGACGAUGGACCGCUGGUUCGGCGCCGACUGGAUCAAGGCGAACCCGGACGAGGCGGGCCGCGCGCGUGCCAUCAUGAACCAGACGACGGUCGAGGGCUUCCAGACGUGCUGCCACGCGCUGCGGAGCGACAGGUUCGACAUCCGACCGUUGUACGAGAGGGUGGGCUCGGGGGUUGACGAGGCGCUGCUGGUGGUGGGCGAGAAGGACGCGAACCUGCCGCAGGCGAUGAAGGAGAUGCGCGACAAGGUCGAGACGGGGUUCAGGGCGGCGGGCAAGGACAACAAGAUCGAGCUCAAGGUGAUUGCAAAGGCGGGCCACGUUCCGUUUGUCGACAACUUUGAGCAGUUUACAGAGGUGAUCCUGGGGUAUCUCAAGGCUUGA